AUGCUUUUCGAAGGCAGCUCGGGGCCAACAACUCCAGGUCUUAAUGUCAUUAAUCCGCGAAUCCUCAAGUCUCCUAAAAUUAAUAGGGAUAAUGCGCACCGAUCUUAUGUUCAAGCUGCCAUCCCACUAAACUCACUCACUUCCCCACCAGAAGAGUGUGAGGCCACCAGAAUUUCCGCCAGUGGCAUGAGCCAGCCGCAUCCUCCUAUUUCAGGAUUUACCAAUCAGCCUGUUAGAUACUGUGCUGUCACUAAAGCCACCGAGAAGAGGAAAGAUUUGCAAGAAUGUCUCACCUCUUUAUCUAAUUAUGACCAAGCUGCUACUACGAAGUCCAAAGGCGACAGUCACUCACUUACAUGGGCAGAAGGCGGCGAGCAAAACCUGCCUUGUGAUGAUCAAGUCCCUCCCAGCAGCCCUCGCAGGCGCCUCGCUAGAGCCAAGGUACAAACUCAGUCACCUCAGCAUCAUGCAAGUGGGCUGAGCAGCUGCAAACCCCGCCAGAGGCUUAAUGCAAAGAGUAAACGGAAGUUGCGUGACUUACAGAAGAAGAAUUUGACCCUGAGACAGAUCGGACCUCAUUUCGCGGAUGUUGAUAUGGCGUUAUUGCGACAGGCUUAG